UGCCUAGACCCUGAUUUAGUUAAGGAAAAGAUUGUGCUAUGUGAUUGGUCCGGUGGAUAUGUUGAGGUUGAUCGAGCUGGCGCAAAAGGUGCAAUUUUAAGCAAUUCAAGAGAUGAUGUUGCAUCUGUUGUCCCACUAUCUGCGACUGGUUUAAACAAUCAAGAGUAUGCUGUGGCCAAGUCCUACCAGAACUCCACCAGAAAUCCUCGAGCCAAGAUACUAAAGAGUGAAGUCAUAAAAGAUCCUGCUGCACCACGUGUCGCUUCCUUCUCUUCACGCGGUCCUAAUAGAAUUGUACCAGAAAUUCUGAAGCCAGAUAUCACUGGCCCCGGGAUAGAUAUUGUGGCUGCAUAUUCACCUAAUGCUUCUAUCUCGGCCAGCCCUUAUGACGAGAGGCGUGUAAAAUACAAUGUACUAUCUGGAACCUCCAUGUCUUGCCCCCAUGCUGCUGGUGUAGCUGCAUAUGUUAAAGAGUUCCACUCGGAUUGGUCUCCAGCAGCCAUAAAAUCAGCUAUUAUGACUACAGCUUGGCCCAUGAAUGAUACCAGCACUUCUCCUGGUGAAUUUGCUUAUGGAUCUGGACAUCUCAAUCCUGUAAGAGCUAUAAACCCCGGCCUUGUGUACGAAGCUUCUGAAGAAGAUUACAUUAAGUUCCUUUGCAUGAUGUUGGAUGAGGAAAAAAUUAGACUCAUUUCGGGAGAUAAGGUCACUUGCCCUACUGGCUCGGACAAAGGAUCACCAAAGGAUCUCAAUUACCCUUCAAUGGCUGCUAAUGUUACGUCAAUGAAAUUGUUUAUGAUCAACUUUCAUAGAAGAGUUAAGAAUGUUGGCCUUGCAAACUCCAAUUACAAGGCAUUGAUCUCCUCAAAUUCUAAAGUUGAUAUCAAAGUGGUGCCUGAAGUUCUUUCCUUCAAGUCCUUGAAUGAGGAGAAGAAUUUCACUGUAACCGUUGAUGGAAGAGAUAUGCCAGAGGGAUCGCAUGUGUCUGCAUCGCUGUGUUGGUACGAUGGAAGUCACAACUGCAUUGUUAGAAGUCCAAUUGUCAUAAGCAGCGUAUCAGCUUGAUCAACUGCGUUGUUUGUACAAUAUUCAGAACCUCAUUGUUGCAAAAGAAAAAUAAUGUUAUGAUUCUAUGUGACACCUUUAUCAAGCUAGUUAAAAUCAGAAAUAAAGCCAGACAUGAGGGAUUUGCCUUUA